AUGUCACGGCUUGUAGAGGCGCCGCGAUUGGGGGCUGCAGUAUGUGGAUCUGAUGAGGCGCCGCGAUUGUGGGCUGCAAAUAUUUUGCUCGAUGAAGAUUGGGUUAAUGGAGAUUUUAACUAUAAAAGGCCCCUCUUGUCCGUCGGUUCAGCUUCAGUGGAAGCACCACCUACAUCUGGAGGACUUGCUCCUGCAAUUUCUUUGACAGACAAUGCAUUGAAGCACUUCAAUAAGUUAAGGUCUGAAAGAAAUGAAGAUUUAUGUCUAAGAAUUGGUGUUAGACAAGGAGGAUGUUCUUAUUGA